CAUACAUGUAUAUCAUCAAGGGCUGGAAAUUCAUAACAAUAAUAAUAAACUACAAUUUAAUUCCCAUCUUCAUGACUAUAAUACUCGAGGUUCAGGUCAAGUUAGGCUCCCCCCGAUACAGGUUGACAAGAUCUUCAAAAAACAAUCAUCUACCUAUCCAACUUACAUCUUAAGAUGAUCUAUCACUAUAUCAGGUUCUUUUGUACUGGUAGAUUGAUAUGGCCGAAUAUUUUUCCAUAAACAUUUUUUAUAGGUCACAACCUUUGCCAGAUGAUACUUCAGGUAAAAGUGGUGCUAAAUUCUACCUGAGCUAUGACAAAAUUUUCAUCAUCAAAACAUUAACCUCAGAAGAAGUGGAGAGGAUGCAUUCCUUUUUGAAGCAUUACCAUCCUUAUAUUGUAGAAAGGCAUGGCAAAACGCUUCUCCCUCAAUAUCUGGGCAUGUAUCGAUUGACGGUCGAUAACGCAGAACACUAUAUCGUCGUAAGCAGAAACGUGUUCUCCAAUCAUUUGAACACCCAUCGGAAAUUCGAUCUGAAAGGAUCUACCGUGGACAGGGAGGCCUCCGAAAAGGAGAGAGAGAAAGAUCUACCCACCUUCAAGGACAAUGAUUUUGUUAACGAACAGAUGAAGGUUAGCAUCGGGGAUGAAGCCAAAUCAAAAUUAAUGGAAACAUUGAAUGCAGAUGUCGUAUUUUUGACGAAACUGCAUUUAAUGGACUAUAGCCUCUUGUUAGGCAUCCACGAAGUGGAGAGGGGCGAGCAGGAGCUCGAGCGCCAGCGCGAAAUGGAGGCCGAGAAUCCGCCCGAUUCGGACGAGAGCGAAUCCGGCUCUGGGCUGGAGGGCAGGCAGUGUGCGGGCAUGACGACGCCGCCCGAUUCGCCGAACGCGGUCGGGCGGCUGCUCAGGGAGCACAGCCUGCAGUACGAAGGUAAAUUCCACAAAAUCUACCGGUAUUUAGAGGUCGUCACAGGUGGGAUAAUACCCGAGCUCGACAUUUACGCGAUACCGAGCUGUGAAUCGGCGCCAGUCAAAGAGAUCUAUUUCAUAGCCAUCAUCGAUGUGUUGACCCACUACGGAGUCAGGAAACAGGCCGCCAAGGCAGCCAAAACCGUCAAAUACGGUUCCAAUGUGGACGGUAUCAGCACUUGCGACCCGGAACAGUACGCCAGAAGGUUCAUCGACUUCAUGUCGAAAGCCAUUGAGUAA